UUUAAAGCUCUCUAAAACCACUUGUAGCUCAUUUUCCCUGUGACUUGCCUGGGUACAACUUCAUUCUCUGUCCUGCAGAGACAAGCUGUUAAAACCCUAAAAUUUUACUCAUCAGAUUAUUUUAGCUGCGUGACAGAUCCUUGAGCCUGUCCUUGAGCAAAAAUGGAAGCUAUCAAGAAAAAGAUGCAAAUGUUGAAGUUAGACAAGGAGAAUGCCAUUGACAGAGCAGAGCAGGCUGAGACGGAUAAGAAGGCAGCUGAGGACAAAUGCAAGCAGGUAGAGGAUGAGCUGGUAGCUCUGCAGAAGAAGUUGAAAGGAACUGAAGAUGAGCUGGAUAAAUACUCAGAGGCUCUCAAAGAUGCCCAGGAAAAACUGGAGCAGGCUGAGAAGAAGGCCACUGAUGCUGAAGGUGAGGUGGCAGCUCUGAACAGACGCAUCCAGCUCGUGGAAGAGGAGCUGGAUCGUGCCCAGGAACGACUGGCCACAGCCCUGCAGAAACUGGAGGAGGCUGAGAAAGCAGCAGAUGAGAGCGAGAGAGGAAUGAAGGUUAUUGAGAACAGAGCAAUGAAAGAUGAAGAGAAAAUGGAAAUUCAGGAAAUGCAGUUGAAGGAGGCCAAGCACAUUGCUGAAGAAGCCGACCGCAAGUAUGAGGAGGUUGCCCGUAAACUGGUUAUUUUGGAGGGUGAACUGGAAAGAGCUGAGGAGCGUGCAGAGGUGUCUGAAGUUAAAUGUAGUGACCUUGAAGAGGAGUUAAAGAACGUCACAAACAACCUGAAAUCAUUGGAAGCUCAAUCUGAAAAGUAUUCGGAAAAAGAAGAUAAAUAUGAAGAAGAAAUCAAGAUUCUCUCUGACAAGCUGAAAGAAGCUGAAACUCGUGCGGAAUUUGCCGAGAGAACUGUUGCCAAACUGGAAAAGUCUAUUGAUGACCUGGAAGAUGAGCUCUACGCUCAGAAGCUGAAGUACAAAGCCAUCAGUGAGGAGCUUGACCAUGCCCUGAACGACAUGACUUCUUUGUGACCUGCCCUUGUGUGGGGACACAGGGGGCUCUCACUGUGUUUUCUCGAGCUUUUCUUGCCUGCAAUCCCUGUCACUCCUGUGUCACUUCCACGAGCAACCCUUCCACCUCUGUGGGAACGCAGUUCAAUAAAACAUGAUACCUCUACCUUUCAUCCUUCGGGGUUUACCUCUGUAUAAAUCACCUCAAAUACACUGGUGAUCACACCGAGACACAUUCAGCUCCUCAUGUGGGGUUGGGCAAAACACAGUCAGGAUGGGGCAGGACCUGGCUCUGGCAAACACUCCAACUCUAGUGUUCCCAGGGAUGCGGGUGUCAGCGAAAAGCUUUCAGUGGGCUCAGUGUCCACUUGUGCUCCACCAGCCUGCUUAAAAACCUCCAAAAGUCCAAGGAAAACCCAGGAGGAUGUGUCCUAUGACACAUUAAAACACAGGUCUUUUCACAUCUCAUGAGACGUGUCCAAAAACCUCCCUUAAGGACAGAAAUUAGAAAAAACUGGCCCCGUUUUGAUGCUAUAGCUAUAAAGGCGUCUUAAAUAUGAAGGUAAGUUGCCCCAAGUUUUAUUUAAAGAGGAA